CUACACAGUAACUCUCCCUCUCGCGCGCGCGCGCUCUCUCUCAGUCUCUGUAAAUCCGACCGAGAUAAUGGAAUUUGGUACCGCAUGGAUCCACUCCUUCCUAUAUCUCACCUUCAUCACCACCAUACUAUUCCUCCUCCAAACCUUCUUUUCCCACAAAUUAUCAUUAAAUCACCAAAAUGUCACUCUCAAAAAACACCCAGUCCUCCCUCUCCGUUUCAACUCCGAUGGCACUUUCAAGAUUCUUCAGGUGGCUGAUAUGCACUACGGAAAUGGGAUUAUGACUCGGUGCAGAGACGUGUUGGAUUCGGAGUUUGAUCACUGUUCUGAUGUGAAUUCGACUCGGUUUUUGAAACGGAUGAUUGAGGCAGAAAAGCCCGAUUUCGUUGCUUUUACAGGAGAUAAUAUAUUUGGCACAAGCACUGUUGAUGCUGCAGAAUCUCUGUUCGGAGUUUUUGGUCCUGCAAUAGAAUCAAGACUUCCUUGGGCAGCAGUUUUGGGGAACCACGACCAAGAAUCUACUAUGAACCGCGAAGAAUUGAUGUCUUUCAUCUCCCUUAUGGAUUAUUCUCUAUCACAGACCAAUCCAUCAGUCAAAGAUACUUCUGAUCCCACCAAACGCCGCCUUGUGCAAGAUAUUGAUGGGUUUGGCAAUUAUAAUCUGAGGAUAUGGGGUGCACCAGGUUCCCACUUGGCUAAUAGCAGUGUCCUCAAUCUCUACUUUCUUGACAGUGGAGACAGAGCUAUUGUUGAUGGAGUUCGAACAUAUGGAUGGAUUAAGGAAUCUCAACUUCGUUGGCUUCGUACUCUCUCUCAAGGAUGUCAGGGCCAAGAUCUGGAUGGUGAUCAAUCAGCAGAUGUUUCUUCACUCCUUGUAAAACCCCCUGCACUGGCCUUCUUCCACAUUCCAAUACCUGAAAUCCGUCAGAGGUCGUUCAAGGAGAUUAUUGGGCAGUAUCAGGAGUAUGUAGCUUGUUCAUCAGUAAAUUCCGGAGUCUGGCAGACCCUUGUCUCUAUGGGAGAUGUGAAGGCAGUGUUCAUAGGUCAUGACCACAACAAUGAUUUCUGCGGGAAUCUCGAUGGAAUUUGGUUUUGCUAUGGUGGAGGUUUUGGAUAUCAUGGUUAUGGCAAGGCUGGGUGUCCCAGGAGAGCAAGGGUCAUCUUGGCUGAACUUGGAAAAGGGGGGAAGGCAUGGAUGGGAGUCCAAAGGAUCAGGACAUGGAAGCGACUUGAUGAUGAGGAGCUGAGCAAGAUUGAUGAGCACGUCUUGUGGACUCGUGGUCUUCAAGAUGAUUGACAUUGCAGGUAUGGGAACUGCAUUCUUCUAAUUCUACCAUUUUAUGCAUUUUCCAUGUCGUUAUUCUUCUUCACUGUUGAGUUUAAGGUAAUAAAAAGGGCAAAUGGUACUUUGCCCCUGAAAGAUUUUAAUUUUCCUUUUCCUCAGAUUACAAGUCUUACAUUGCAUUUUCAAUUUUUUAAAAUGGUUGCAAUGUGCUGCAAAAGAGACACCUGAAUUUCUCUAAAAGCUUUACAAAUGGUGUGUUGUUUUUGGGGCACAUUGCUACCAUUUAAAGAAAUUUAGGAUGGAAUAUAUGACUAUAAAUCUUGAAGGGUAAAGUGUAUUUCUUAAACUAUUUUAGGGGGCAAAGUGCCAUUCGUAGUAAGAAAAAGCUGGAUGCACAAUGAAGCCUUAAAAGUAGUGAAAUGGAAGUUCUUAGUGCAGAGUGGAGUGGGUGCUGGACACGGUGGAAUAUUUGGAGCAAGCAAUCAAAAUUCCCAUGCAGUUCUCACAAAAUAGCCAAAAAAGAACCUAGAAGUGUUGGAUUACCUCAAGUAGAAUUGGUAAAUCAUGGUUAAAAG